AUGAGAGAGGAGGAGCCCUCCAAUGAUGACCACCCUGAGGGAGGGGUGGUUUCCAAUGAAGAGAACAUGGUAAAACCACCCUCCAAUGCCUGUCCUGUUGUUGUUCCAACUCCAGGGAUCAAUGGACGUAAACGACAGACCGGCUUACACACUGAUGAUCACGUAACUACAAUAACUCCAACUGUAGCAGCAGACAGCAAGGACAAGCCAGGGGACAACAUCCACAUCUACACCCAAAGUGGACCCAAACGAAUCAAGAAGAGUCCCCAACAUCAGUCACCUUCCUCAGGACAGUCCUUGUCUCCUGUUCCUGGUCCAAGUCCUGGAAGCCUCUCGGCAAAUGAAGACCCACACGGCCAGCGAGUGAUCGCCAAUAUUCGGGAGCGCCAGCGGACACAGUCUCUCAACGAAGCCUUUGCCUCGUUACGUAAAAUAAUCCCAACAUUACCCUCUGACAAACUGAGCAAGAUCCAGACCCUAAAGUUGGCAUCACGCUACAUUGACUUUCUGUACCAGGUUCUGCAGAGUGAUGAGAUGGACUCCAAGCUGGCUGGAUGUAACUACCUGGCCCACGAGAGGCUCAGCUACGCCUUCUCUGUGUGGAGGAUGGAGGGGGCCUGGUCGAGCAUGUCUGCUGGACACUAG